GUCGUGCGGAGCGCGCAGUGGACACGACGCGCGGACACGGCGCGGACGGAGGGCCGCGCAGCCUCCCGGCGCACUCAGUCGCGCGCCGACCGCGCUCUACACAACACGUCUCCGGUGUGCUCCACCGUGCCUUCGCCGGCCCAAUCCCGCUACCGACCUCGCGGCAUGUCACUUAGUAGCUGACACCACGACUACGAUUCGCCCAGUGCACCCCUCCCCGUGCUCGGCCAGCCCGCAGCCCCUCGCAAAAUGAUUCCGCGACGCAAACAUAACGCAUCCUCGGGCUCGCUGCCCGCGCCCGACGACAAGACCGCCAGCAACGACUACAUACUGAAUGCGGGUUCGGAGAAGUGCUCGGGCGGCUGGCGCGCUGCCGUGCGCCGCCGCCUCAACCGCAAGACGCUGCACAAGCGCGUGCCCGUGACGCGCUGGCUGCCGCGCUACUCCACCCAGGACGCGCUCGGCGACCUGAUCGCCGGCGUGACCGUCGGCCUCACCGUCAUCCCGCAGUCGCUCGCCUACUCCAACAUCGCCGGGCUGCCGCCGCAGCACGGCCUCUACGGCUCGUUCCUCGGCUGCUUCGUGUACAUCGUGCUGGGCGGGUGCCGCGCCGUGCCGGCCGGGCCCACCGCCAUCGCGUCGCUGCUCACGUGGCAGGUGGCUGGCGGCGUCACCGAGAAGGCGAUCCUGCUGUGCAUGCUGUCGGGGCUCGUGGAGCUGCUGAUGGGCGUGCUGGGGCUCGGCUUCCUGAUCGACUUCGUGUCGGGCCCCGUGUCCUCGGGCUUCACGUCCGCCGUGGCGCUGAUGAUCGCCACCAGCCAGGUCAAGGACCUGUUCGCGAUCAGCAUGUCGGGCACCACGUUCCUGCAGCAGUGGAUCUCGGUGUUCAAGAACCUGCACGCCGCCGCGCUCUGGGACCCCAUCCUCGGCUUCGUCUGCAUCGCGCUGCUGCUCUCUAUGCGGCGCAUCGGCAUGGUGAAGCUGGGCGGCGACUCGCCGAACGCGCGGCAGCGCUGGGUGACGCGCUGCUGCUGGAUGCUGGGCACGUGCCGCAACGCCGUCGUCGUCGUGGCGUCCGGCGCGCUCGGCUUCUGGUUCGUCUCCACACACGGCGCGGCGCCCGUGCGCCUCAUGGGCUCAAUCCCAUCCGGCGUGCCGGUGCCGGCGCUGCCGCCGGUGAGCUACGUGCGCGCCGACAACUCCACCGCCGACUUCCUCGAGAUGAUCUCGGAGAUGGGGUCCGGCAUCAUCGUGAUCCCUCUGAUCGUGCUGCUGGAGGACAUCGCCAUCUGCAAGGUGUUCUCGGACGGCAAGACCAUCGACGCCACGCAGGAGAUGAUCGCCAUCGGCACGAGCAACAUCGCCAACUCGUUCAUGGGCGCGUUCCCCGGCGGCGGCUCGCUCGCGCGCUCGGUCGUCUCCAACGGCUCCGGCGUGCGCACGCCCGCCAACGGCAUCUACACCGGCAUCAUGGUGAUCCUGGCACUGCAGUUCUUCACGCAGUACUUCGAGUUCAUCCCGAAGGCGGCGCUGGCGGCCGUCAUCAUCUCCGCCAUCGUCUUCAUGGUGGAGUACCACGUCGUCAAGCCCAUGUGGAGAGCUAAAAAGCUAGACCUGAUCCCGGGCAUCGGCACGUUCGUGCUGUGCCUGACGCUGCCGGUGGAGAUGGGCAUCCUCACUGGCGUCAUCGUCAACAUUAUCUUCAUCCUCUACCACGCCGCGCGCCCCAAGUUCUCCGUAGAGAUGCUAAAGACGGAGCGCGGCGUGGAGUACCUGAUGAUCACGCCGGACCGGUGCCUGAUGUUCCCGUCCGUGGACUACGUGAAGAAGCUGGUGACCAAGUGCGCGGGUGCGAGCUCGUGCGAGGCCGGAAGCGGUCCCCUCCCCGUGGUGCUCGAGUGCACGCACAUCUACAGCGCCGACUUCACGGCCGCCAAGUCCAUCCAGCAGCUCACGGCCGACUUCCACGAGCGCCGCCAGCCGCUGUACUUCUACAACGUGAAGCCCUCGGUGUGCUCGCUGUUCGAGGCCGUGGCCAAGCCGGAGCACUUCGUCACGUUCUACGAGGACGAGGAGCUGGAUCGCCUGCUGGCCGCCGACGAGCGCCUGCAGCCGCGCAAGACGCUGCCCCAGGGCCAGGUGUAGCCCCGACCUAGCCCAAUUGAUGACUAUAUUUUUUGAGAUUAAAUUGACAGAUGUGAGUGAUACCUAUUUAGACGCAGAGACAUAUAUUGUUACUAAAAGUUUUAAUUAUUUAGAUGUUGUAAAUACGUUUCCUAGAGUGAGCUCCGAACUGAUCGACGCGUGAUAGCGUCGAUGUAAAAUCGCGCGCCCGCGGCUCGGGCCCGGCCCGCCCCGCGGGGCGACAGACUAGACUAGUAUAUAGGGACUAUAUUCAUAGCUAUAUAUAUUUUGUUAGAAGUGUUAAGGCGGAGUCCGGCCGGCCGACGCGACGAGGUCGGGAGUCGGCCCCGGACCGGACUGAUCGUACUUAGACAGUAACGCGCCUUGCGCCACGUUGUGAUUCUAGCUCGUAACUAAUACAAGUCUCAUUCUAUCAUGAAUAUUUAAACAAAUUUACUUAGCGACCACCAGUUCUGAAGAAUCCGCAGAAUAUUUGCUAGUUCGUUUUUACCGCUUAUUUAAUACCGUGGAUAUCUACACAACACAUAUUUGGUAGUUUGCAAAGUAACUUCGCAUUCUAAGCAGACCGACAAAUAAUGCAUUUCCAUAUUAGUGUUGCUAUAUUGUCUAGCAAUGCGGUGGCUUUGCAGCUGGAGGUCGCUAAUUCUCUUCUAUUUACUAUCGUCGUAUGCACCGCACGUAGUGCGGCCUCGAGGCAUAUUCAGAUACGUAAAAUAUCGCAACAAUUUAAUUUGAGUACUUAAUAUAACUGCACGUUACGUAUCUAAAUAUGGCUCGUGUGAUCAUUCUAGCGGAGGUUUGCCCGCGCCCGCGCCCGCGCCCGCGCUCGCUCGAGUGCCGCGCGUAGACCUACUCGCAUUCUGAAAUACCUACAGUUUAUAAUUAUAUUAACUAUGCGUCUUAUAAAUGAAUACACCUUUAGGAAACUUCAAGUAUUAAAGGAAUCUAAAAUUACAUUUUUAUGGUUCCACUUUCAUGUUUGUAUGAAAUUAAUGUAAUGUAAUUAUCUGUGGCUUUUUUCCGUAUUUUUAAUGUAGGUACAAGUAAAUAUAGACACAGUUACAUCAGUUCCAGUUUUAACCAGUCUGGUGGACGAAUCGUUUGUAUAGUCACUAGUAUUUAAAAAGUUAAUCGUGAAUCGUGAUUAACGAAGGCUAUUUACUUUGUCCCAUAAUAAGUAGUAGACUGGUGAUUAAAAGUUAAUUUGUCUAUAAAGACAACUUUGAGUUGAAUGGGAAUAUUACGCGGUACGUCGAGCUGUGACGUUGCAUCGUUGGCGCGGCGUAAACGUUCCUACAGAGUGAUAUGAUAUCGUAACAUAAAUUAUUUAUUUUGUAGAUAAAUAAAGUACAACUUAGGAUUUAAUGUUAAUAGUGUAAAGUUAAGUUGUAAAGCUUUAAGCGGCCUACAGAGGGCAGCGCCGGCGCCCCCCCCCCUCGUCCCGCACCCCCCCCCCCCCCCCCCCCCCCCACCCCCCCCCCCCCCCACCCCAGCAGCAGCAGCUCCGACUGACAGGCGCCGGACCAUUACAACAAAACUACAUAUAUCUACAAGUACCUGUAAAGUACCUAUAGAAUAAAUACCAGAUGGACUAUUUUGUAUCCGAUUUAUGUAUUGUAAAAGACAGGGAAGGAUAAUUAUUAUUAUACCUAAUGGAUAAAAUCGUAAAAACUGAUUGAUAUUUACAAUUGAUAUUUUGUAAUGAUUUAAUAAAAUAAGUGACAGGAGUGAUGUUAAUAAUUAUUGUGAUAAGAGACGCCAUUGACGCCCCCUCUCCCGGCCCGCAUCCUUCUCCGUUAGCCUCCCCCUACCCGCCCCUGGCUGUGGUGCGACGUCGGCGCUGCCCGAGGAGCGCGCCUAGCGCGCGGGAUAGUAUAUUGUUGUGUUCUAAGAACAAAUUAAUAAACUCUAUGAGGGUUACAAACUUA